AUGGGCUGCUGCGGUUCCUCGGAUCCUCCCUACAACCCUCAUUUCCGAGCUCAGCAGGGCGAUCCGGUUCGACCCAAGGAUGCUGGAUUCUUGCCGUUUGUGCGGUGGGACACUGCUGCCGUUGCGCCUCAGAUCAAAGGUGGCGACCACAUCUAUUUGAUCUUCACCUACUCGGAAGCAGCAAUUGAAGGAAAUGAGGACGGAACCGUGACGGCGGAGGUACCGGCCAUCCCCUCCAAAUGGCCGUGGGCAUGGCUGGGGGGCGGCUCCACUGAAGCGGAUCGUCAAGAGUUCAGGGGCUCCUGCAUCUUCCGCGUUUGGCGGAAAGAUGGGACCAAUUCGGUGGUCCAAGAUGGUGAUGAUGUCUUCUUCGAGCAUGUGGACACGGGGAAGUAUCUUGAGGCUUCCACCGACACCGAGCCCCUGGCCUUGACUGACAAGGACGACAAUGCGUCGGGCCAGCUCUGGUGUUUCUUCAAGCAGGGCCGGCCCAUGGAGAUGAGACAUCGGGACAACGUAUACAUCCAGAGUUGGCUGCACAACUAUGUGGAGUACCGUUACUUCGAGGACAGCAACCUCUAUGCCAAGAGGUGGCAGAGACGGGAGCCCCAGACCCUGACCGUUCUCAAGAAGGCCGUGCUGGAUUCGUCCACGACGGAAGUCGCGAGGAAAUUCCAAUUCCAAGCCUUCGACCUGGACGGCAAUGGCUCCAUCAGCAAACGUGAGAUGGACAUAAUGGUGCGGCUUGUUAGAGGCGUGGAGCCGUCUUUGGAGGAGAUUGAUGGGAUCAUGGUCAAGGCUGAUCCGGCCCACACAGGGCAUAUCCCAUUCCCGUCCUUCGCCUCUUGGGCUGAUGCUGGUGGCAUGACAGAAGAGGAGCUGAACCAUGCAGAAGUGCUCGGAAAUGUGGCGCAGAGAUGCUUCGACGCCUUGCAUGAGGGGAGGUGCCUUGUUGAGGUACUGGGCACCAUCGACAGCAUGACUGUUCAGGGCAUGGUGAGCAAGUACAGCGAGAGCCUCAAAGCAGGCAAUGUAAGCGAGAGGAUCGUGGAGAAGGCAGCUGAGUCGGACGGCUGGCUCUUCUCCGGUAAUUGGAAGAACUGCAUGAAGGCCCUGCUGGAGCCCGAGGUUGACCUUUGGGUUCGCUGCCUGAACGAUGCCAUGCAGGGCCUGGGCACCGACGAGAACUCCUUGUCAGCCUUGGUGUGCACCUUGCCCGAGCGCUUGCGCAUGGCUAUCUUUCAACAGUACCAAGAGACCUUUGGCAAGGGCUUGCUAGAGCAUAUUGAGAGCGAGACAUCCUUCAGCUAUCAGAAAGUCAUGACAUGGCAGGCCAUGGCGCCGGAGGACUGCCGCGCCAGAAUCCUGAACAAGGCCAUGGCCGGCCUAGGAACUGCUGAAGAUCAGCUGAUCCGGGUGAUCUGCCAACUGAAUUUCGGCGAGCGUCGAGAGGUCAAAGAAGCCUAUCAGCGCAAAUACGACAGAGAUCUGCUGGAGCACAUCCAAUCCGAAACGUCCGGCGACUUUCAAAAGGCCCUGCUUUGCAUGUUGGAGGCGGAGGAGACGGCCUUCGAUUUGGAAGCAGAUUGUGCAGCCAUGAAGGAAGCUAUGGAAGGAUGGGGGACCGACGAGAUGGCCCUAACAAAGAUGAUUUGCAGCAAGACAGCCAAGCAAAUGGAGGAUGUGAACAACAAAUUUCAGGAGCUGUAUGAGCGAGACUUGCUUGAGUGGGUAAAGAGCGAAACCAGCGGCUACUACCAAGAUACGCUGCUGGGGUGCAUUCGUCACCCCAUGAAGCAGCUCGCGCAUUCUGUCCGAGACUGCAUGAAAGGCUGGGGCACAGACGAUGAAGGUCUCAUCACUUGCUUGGUGCAUUUGGAGGAUUUCAAGAAGGCCGCUCUCAUCAAGGAAUACAGUCUGGAGUUCGGCCGGGACAUCUUCGAAGACAUCAAAGCGGACACCAGCGGCGACUACGAGAAGGCGCUCUGUGAUCUAAUCAAGCCGGCACCACAGGUAUGGGCCGAGGCACUUACCGGUGCAAUGAAGGGCAUGGGAACCUCCGACUCGCUACUCAUCAACUUUAUGGUCCUGGCUAAAGAUGAUAUGAUGGAGGUCCGGAAGCACUUCCACGGGCAAAAUGGGCAGAUGCUGGAGGAGUGGAUCGAGUCGGAAUGCACUGGUGAUUACAAGGAAACUCUGAUGAUGCUAGCUGGGCGAAACAGCGAGGAGACCAUAAGCAUCGCCCCAGUCUACUGGGCGCAACGCUGCAAGGAUGCCCCUUUCAGCGUCGAGACUUUGAAGGAGGUGUUGGUGUCGAUGCCAGCGACCGCCAUCAAGCGACACACAGAGCUCUACGAAGCUGUCUAUGGAGCAUCGUUGAAGGAAGAAGUGGAAAAGAAAUGCAACGAGAAGGGGACCUUCUUCUUUUUCACCAAUUGGUGGAAGCACGCAAUGUUGUCCCUGACCAGCUUGCCCGUUGAGCUCUACGUGAAGGGACUUUGGGAUGCCAUGCACGGCUGGGGAACUGACGAGUACACCCUCACUGCCUUGGUGUGCACUUUACCCGAGAACCUCUACGAUGAGAUCCACGGCCUGUAUUUGAAGACACACGAGCGGACGCUCGUGAAUCACAUCGAGUCAGAAACUUCAUUCAAUUACAAAAAGUUGCUGAAGUAUCAAGCCAUGACGUGGGCUGAGAGCCGCGCCACAGCCCUUCAUGGUGCUAUGGCAGGAUGGGGCACCUCGGAAGAUCAGCUCGUCCGCAUUAUCAUGUGCUCCACUUUCAAGCAGCGGGCGGUAAUCAGGGAGGCCUACGAAAGGCUUUUUGGCAGAGAUUUGAUUCAGCACAUUGAGUCGGAGACCAGCGGGAACCUGAAAAGCAUCCUUGUGGCCGUGCUGAAAUGCACGCACCCCAAAGCUUCACUGGACUACGAUAAGGACUGCGACGAUCUGAAGAAGGCCAUGGAUGGUUUCGGGACGAACGAGAAGGCCAUCAUUCAGAUUGUCGCAGGCAAAACGCCGCAACAGAUCGAGACCCUCAAGGCCAAGUUUGAAGAGAAGUUUGGAGACGAGCUUUUUACCCGAAUCGACAGUGAGACCUGGGACUGCGGUCAGUGCAUGUUCAUGACGCCCAACUUCCGGGCCUGCAUGCUGGGUCUCCUGCGGGAGCCCACCGUACGGCAUGCGUGCGCCGUUCGUGACUGCAUCUUGGGCUGGGGCACGGACGACACGGGCCUCCUCACACUGCUGGUCCACCUCUCAGAGAGACAGCGCCGCGACCUCGCGGAAGCCUACAAGAGGCUCACGGGCUCCACUAUUUUUGACGCUAUCGAAGGGGACACCAGCGGAGAUUUCAAGCAAGCGCUGAUGGCCCUUGUAAAGCCAGCCCCAAAGGUCUGGGCCGAAGCGAUUCUGUCCUCUAUGAAGGGGCUGGGGACCUCAGACAACCUCUUGAUCAAUUGGAUGUGCAUCGCAAAGGAGCGCAUGGAUGAGGUCAAGGAUUUCUUCAGUGAGUUGGAGCCUCGAGGCUUGCCAACAUGGAUUGCCGAAGAGUGCGGGGACAACGACUACAAGGACACGCUUCUUCGGCUGGCCAAUCGAAAGUGCGAGCGCUUCUCUGGUCAAGAGGUCGGCCUCAGCAUCUCGCCGCCAGAGUCGAAGGAGCAGGCCAUUCUACAGUUCACGAUGACCUUCAACAGAUUGUGCAAAAUGCGUCGCGAGAAGGGUGACAACAUCAUUCCCACUGAAGAGCACCAGCAAGCCAUGGGCAACGCCUUCUUGUAUUAUGGAUCCAUGUCCAGCUGUGCACCAAAUCUUGACAUUCCGGGCGUGUGGGAACUAACGAAUGCCUGUGGCUUCCCUCCUGCUGAUGACGGCCCAGAUUUGGUUGCCACUUUUCAUGAGUGGGACGUGAGUGGCACUGGCGAAAUUACCUGGAACGAUUUUGUGCGAGAGAUGACUGCGCGCAUCAACGAUCCGGGGCACUUCAACUCCGACCCACUACCAGAGACCAUUGGCAUGAUCUCCAUUCCGGACAGGCCGAGGGCAGAUGGCUACAAGAGUCACAUCAGCAGCUUCAAUGCUUCGGAUGACGACUACGAGAGCUUUGACAGCGAUACUCCGCAGGUAGACAUGUAUGCAGCAUUCACGGACGGCAGCUGGAAAGAUGUGCUCGCUGGCGUGGAACCUGGGACAGACGGGGCAGGCCACCUUGCCGGGCCCUGGGGAGAGUGCAUAGCUGCUGCGGUGAAAGUUGAAUGCACGGAGGAAUGGCAGGAUCGCUUCCCCGAUGCUCCAGUUGGAGUUGUCAUUGAGUACAUGUGCUCCUGUGGCCAUGAGGGGUUCGUCGGUCCGGCUGAGCAAAAGGAACAGGAAUCAGGCUCGAAAGUGUUUUGGUCGUAUUUGUCAAGCUACUGGAAAUACGAACUUGCCCUGAUACAGUACAGUGUGGGGGUUGAGACCGACCGCGUCUUGACCCCGACGGCGCUGAUUAGGACACUUUGUGCAGACCAGGAUAUGUGCGGAAUCAGCAGUCAGCAGCAUGAGGAUGCCAUGUUUGGAUCGCAGUCAGCCGUUCUGCGGGUCUUGGCAGAACUCAACAUGCACAUGAUUUCUAAGACUGGUGGGGAGGGCUCAUACAUCUACAAUGAGUCUUGUCAGCUCCGCACCGAGCUGUUAACGGAUCUUCAAGGCCUGGAAAAGAUGCGAUCGCAGCUGCGGAACAUGUCGAAGGUUUGGUGUGAGAAUUAUGGAGACCACCUCAAUGCGUUCAAGAAAACGCAUGAGACCGCCGGCAGCGUCACAGAAUUUGAUCUUUCCUUGGACAAUAUGAGCUUCAGAUUUGGCGAUGAGUGGCCACUUGAGGGCUGGCACUACUUCUGGCUAAUGCAGGCGUGA